AUCUGAUACAAUCUGCAAAAUACAUUCGUUUUAAAGUGUAAAUUUAAGAAAAUUCAGAAAAAAAUCAAAACUUUAUUGUCGGAAACCUCAUAAUCAAAAAUAUACUAUAAAAUUCUUACAAAAAAUUCGGAAAAAAAUUUGCAUUUACAUUGUUUAAAAUCUGAAAUAAAACAAAAAACAAAAUUAAAGGAGUCUCAAAAAUUUCUACAUAAAAUCAACCAGAAUAUAUCAAAAGUAUCCUGCAUAUCAAUAGUUAAGAUAUUUAUAAUCAGAAGCAGAAAACUAUAAAAUCUUUAAAGAUGAAUACUAAAACAAAUAAGCUUAAGAAAUUUAUUACCACUACCAAUCUAAUAAUAAAAUUUUUAACAAUUUCUACCAUAUUAAAUAAUGGUGAAAUUUUAGUAAAUGGUCAAUUUUCUUCACUUGGUAAAAUGCAAAGUUAUGGUAGUAGUGGUAGUAGUGGUGGUGGCGGUGGUGCACAAGGUAACAGUGUUGUUACAAAUGGUGGUUCAACUGGUGGAUCAACUAGUAGUAAUGGUGGAAGUGGAAGCAGUAGUAGUAAUAGUCCUGGAAGUGGUGAAGUUAUGAAUCCUAGAUCUUUACCAUUAAUAGGUGAACCGACAUGUGAAGAAUUAAGAGCAAUGUGGAGGUUUUCAAAACGUCAAUCAAGAGCAUCUGAAAUAACAAAUGAAAUACCAACAUAUCGAGAUCCAUUUACUUAUAAUGUUUGGUUACCAUAUUAUCCUACGACUAGAAGCUUAGCUGGGCCCAGAAUGGUACCAAAAUACCGUGAUCCAAAUUUACCAGUUUUUGGACGUGUCGUUAAUGAACCAUUAACAAAUCAAAUGACACGUUUUGGUUCAGGUGCAGUUCGUAGUCGACCUCAUAUAUAUGGUGAUCAAAGAAAUGCAGAAUUUUCUAUACAAGGUAGACGAGGACAAUUUAGAUCUGGUGGUGGACCAUCUGUUGGACCUGGAAGUAAUUAUUUAACAACACAUCAUGGAAAAUUUAGAGAAUUAAAAGAACUUGUUUUAACUGAACGAGCAAAAGAAUUAGCACAGCAACGUCGUAACGAAGAAAUGGCAGCAAGAGCUGCUGUUCUAAAAGAAAUUGCAAAUGGACAAAGAUUUAUUAAUAUGCAAAGACCAUCAUAUCAUGUAAGUUCACCAUUUUCAGCUGAAAAUCGUAGCCCGGAUCAAGAGGAUGAUGAAGAUCAUAAUGAUAGCACAAGUAAAGGAAAUAAUGGUGCAACUGGUUUUGCACCACGUACAAUAUUCUCUGGUAAUCCAGCUUCAAAUUCUGGGCGUAGUGGUGGAGUAUUAAUACCAAGUAUGGCAAAUAGUCGUGGUAUUGUUGCAAGUGGAAGUGAACUACCCGAAACUGGUAUAAUUUCACAACCAGGAAGAUCUAAAUGGCCAUCACAUUUUAGAGAAAGGAAUAGAGCUCUCUUCAGACAAGCUGGUACACCAACAGAUUUUUAUCAACGUGAUUUAAGAUCACCUCUCCUAACAAAGUCAGCAUAUCCUUUAACAUAUCAACAAAAUUUUAAUUUACAUAAAAAUAAUUAUGAUUUAAAUCCCAUUAGAAAUAGUUUAUAUAAUUUAAAUUUUGAUGAAAAUGAUGAUGAAGAUAACAGUAAUAAUGAUGAUAAUAAUAAAAUUAAUACUGAUGAUAAUUAUAUAAAUAACAAUAAUAAUAAUAAUGUUGAUGAUUCAAACUAUUCUUAUGACUUAAGUAUUUUGGGUAAUGAAUAUCAGGGAAAUCAGUUUAAUCAAAAAUCAUUAUCAGAAAUAGAAGCAGCAGUAGCAGCAGCAGCAGCAGCAACAGGAGCAUCAUUAAGAAUGGAUGAAUUACAACAAAUUCGUGAUUUAACAGAGUUACUACAACAACAUAAAAAAGAAAUAUCAAAAGAAUUUUUAAAUCGUUUAUUUUAUAACAACAAUCGUAAAAUUAAUAAACCUAAUUUUAAAAAUAAUAAUUAAUUAAGAUUCAACACUAAGUAGAUGCAACAUACAUAAAAUUAUAAAUAUAAAAACUUAUUUGGAAAUCAAAUUACCAAUAAUC